AUGUCGGACCCCAUUUCUAUCACCGGUGCGGGAAAUGAGCUGGAUUUGACGCUGACUCCGUGCGCUGUCUGUAGCCAAACUUCCACCGAAAAUGAAGCGAUGGUAGGCUGCGACGGUUGCAACCGUUGGUUCCACUACCGAUGCGUCGGAGUGACCUCAGCGGUGAAAAAGGAGAAGAGGUGGUACUGCACUGAUGGUGUUUAUCAAGUGCUUGCUCAAGAGUACCUGAAGAACAAAAGGCCUCGGCCGAAGAAGACAUCGGAGUCGUCGGAAGCUUCCGUUUCGAAAUCAGGUACGCUCACUCUAGAGCAGAGACGAAAGGCUUUGCAAGAAAAGCAAAGGCGUCUUGAGCAGGAGCUCGAAGAUGAGAUGUUGCUGAAAGAGGAAGAGAGCAACAUGGAGCGUGCGUUAGAGAAAAAGCGAAUGCUUUUCGAGGAGAAAAUGCGCCAAAAGGAGCUGCAGGAAAGGAGCAUCCUUUAUGCAGAAGCGUUGCGGAAGAAGCAGGAGCAUAUAAUGCGGAUGAAGUCCAACCAGAGCUCAUUUGAGAAGGCGAUGGCUGCUCUGGAUGAAGAGCUAAAAAAAGUCAAAGUUGAGAACGUUAAACCGCUAAAAGUUUCCAACGUCGAGCAGUUGGAAAAAGAUGCCGGUGAAAGCGAUACUGCUUUGGAAAGCGACGAAGAAGACCAACCUUGUUCGGUAAUUUCGGAGAUUCAAUCUGCGAAAAGCGUCGAACGUACUCGGAAACGAUCUGAGCAAGCAAACGAUGGAAGCCAAUACGGGCUGGGGCAACAUCGGACCGGGCCGACGAAAGCUCAGUUGGCAGCUAGAAAUGGGAUUACCAAAAAGCUUCCCUGCUUUUCCGGAAAACCAGAAGAGUGGCCACUGUUUUUCGGUACGUAUCAAGCCUCGAACGAAGCCUGCGGCUACACCGAUGUCGAGAACCUUGUGCGACUGCAGGAGAGCCUUAAGGGACCGGCCCUAGAGUGGGUGCGCGGCCAACUAAUUCUUCCGCAGACCGUUCCGAGGGUAAUUAUCAAGCUGCAACAGCUGUACGGUCGUCCGGAACAAUUGCUACAGAGCCACCUGGAGAAAGUCCGCAAACUGGAGUCGCCGAGAGCUGAUAAGCUUGCCAGCUUCAUCCCUUUCGGGAACGCUGUGGAGCAACUGUGCGAACAUCUGGAAGCAGCAAAUCUCAAGCAGCACCUCGUAAAUCCGCUGCUUAUCCAGGAUCUCGUCGACAAGCUUCCUGACAGUGAAAAACGACAGUGGGUUCGCUUCAAGCGGUGCGCCGAUGAAGUAACAUUGAGGACAUUCACAGAGUUUCUGUCAGAAAUAGUGGCGGACGCUUGCGAAGCGAAUGUAAGCAUGGAGUACAAGCUCGCGACUAAACCUGCAAGCGGUGGCCAGUUCGGGAGAGAACACGCAAAAGGGAGAGGAGCAAUGUACUACCAUAGUGAAGAGGAGAACUUGGAUGAAACCGCGAACGUCGAGCGGACAAGCUUUCGGCCGUGCAAAGUGUGUCAGUGUACUGACCAUCGUCUGCGGCAUUGUGCAGAGUUUAAGAAAUUACGAUAUGUUGACCGGCUGAAGGUUGUGAAUCACUGGAAACUUUGCUGUGUUUGUCUGAAUGACCACAGCGGACGGUGCGGUUUCAAAAUACAGUGCAAUGUGGGAGAAUGCAGAGAACGACACAAUCCGUUGAUGCAUCCGGUGAAUACCGUGGUUGGUAUAAGUGCUCACAUCUGGAAUCAAACGAAAGUUAUGUUUCGAAUGAUUCCCGCUCAGUUGCACUUUGGAGGGCGAUCGAUUACGGUACUGGCGUUUUUGGACGAAGGAGCGUCCGUUACACUCAUCGAGAAAAGGAUGGCAGAUCGUCUUGGACUUGUGGGUGUCCCGGAGAAGCUGACCAUUAAGUGGACAGCAGAUAUCACGCGAGUGGAGAAGGAUUCCAGCCGGAUGAAUGUGUGGGCAUCGGCAGUCGGAAGUAAGGACAAGGUGCUGCUGCACACGGUUCGAACGGUAGAGAAUCUGAUGUUGCCGCAUCAAAAACUGGACUCCAAGGAGAUUGCAACCCAGUUCAAGCACAUGCGGGGAUUACCGAUCGCGUCGUACGAUGGACAACCCGGAAUACUUAUAGGGCUCAACAAUGUGCAUUCAUUUGUGCCGUUGGAAGCGAAGAUCGGUGCGACUGCAGAGCCAAUAGCGGUGAAGUGCAAACUUGGAUGGACUGUGUACGGCCCGAGACAGUCGAACACUGCUUUUGAUGGUGGGUAUAUGGGUUAUCACCACGAAGUAAGCAACGAGGCCCUGCAUGACCUGCUGAAAAGCCACUACGCUCUGGAGGAAUCGGUCGUGGCGGUCGCGCAGGAAUCGGCAGAGGAUAAACGAGCGCGAGAGAUAAUGGAGCGGACCACAAAAAGGGUGGGAAAUCGCUUCGAGACCGGACUACUGUGGAGGACAGAUGAUCCACGAUUUCCGGACAGCUUUCCGAUGGCUCUGCACAGGAUGAAGCAGCUGGAGAAAAAACUGGAGAGAAAUCCGGAGUUGCACAAGAACGUUUGUCGGCAGAUAGAAGAGUUUCAGCAGAAAGGAUAUGCACACCUGGCAACUGCAGAAGAAUUGAUCCGUACGGAAACAGAUAAGGUGUGGUACCUACCGUUGAAUGUGGUGACAAAUCCCAGAAAGCCUGGCAAAGUGCGCUUGGUAUGGGACGCCGCAGCUUCGGUGCAAGGAGUGUCACUCAACACGCAGCUACUGACGGGACCCGACUUGCUGAUUCCACUGGUGCAAGUGAUAGUAGGUUUCCGGGAGCGACGGAUUGCAUUCGGUGGCGAUCUUCGAGAAAUGUACCACCAGGUGAAGAUCGUCGAACGCGACAGACAGGCUCAACGCUUCGUGUUCCGGAAGAAUUUCGGGGAGAAGCCAAGCAUUUUUGUAAUGGACGUUGCGACGUUUGGCUCUACAUGCUCUCCUAGUUCGGCACAGUACAUCAAAAACAAGAACGCAGAAGAACACGCUGUUCAAUAUCCAGAGGCGGCAGCGGCCAUAAUCCAUCGUCACUACGUCGACGAUUAUUUCGACAGUGUCGACACCGUCGAAGAGGCCAUCAACCGGGCGAUGCAGGUGCGUACAAUUCACAAAAAUGGUGGGUUUGAAAUCCGGAACUGGGUUUCCAAUGUACCUGAAGUUCUCCGAAUGCUGGGGGAAGAAAAGCAAGUCACGCCAGUACACUUUGGUCGGGACAAGCAGAGUUGCAGUGAACGAGUUCUUGGCAUCAUUUGGGAUCCAAACAUGGAUGAGUUUUCCUUCUCUACGCUGCACCGUCCGGAGAUGAUGGCGUACUUAUGCAACGAGAAACGACCCACGAAGCAGAUUGCAUUAAGCUGCGUGAUGGGAUUCUUUGACCCGAUGGGAUUGCUGUCUCCUUUCACAAUCCACGGCAAAAUAAUCAUCCAGCACCUCUGGCGAUUGGGCUGCGAUUGGAAGCAGGAGAUCGACGACGAGAGCUGGCGCUUAUGGAAGCGAUGGACUGGCCUGCUGCCAGAGGUGGAUGCAGUUCGGAUCACACGCUGCUACCUCGGGAAUGCUGCGUCUUCAGCCGUUGAGUCGCUGGAACUUCACAUCUUUACUGAUGCCACUUAG